UAGAUAUCGGAUGCUCAGCCAGCACAGGGUACCUGCUCAGAAGCCAGGGGCUCUUGGCAUCAAAGAGGAAGAUGGGCAAGAUAUGACCUUGGUUGCUGAAAUAAGCCACAGGGUAGACCCCAAGUAAGGAUUCAUUCCUUCAAGCACUAUUCACAGGCAGCUGCCCCGGCCAGGCCCUGCCUAGGCUGGAGACUCUGAAACAAAGGAGACAGUCCCCACUCCCAAGGCCAUGGGAAGCCAAAUGUAACUUGUGAUAUGUCUUGUGAGGGCCCUGCAGAAGCAUGUCAAGGGAGCCACUGAUUCCACCUGAGAAGUCAGGGCAGUCAUUCUGGAGGAGGUAUUUCCCCAGCUGGGCCCUGAGGGAUGAAUAUGAGUUUGCUAGUCUGAGGUGGAGGAAGGGCAGAAGCAGAGAAGCCACAGAGGAGUUGAUCCCGGCAGUCCAGUGGGGAGGUGAUGGGGCCUAGACAGUGGCUUCCAGAGGAGGACUGAUACAGGAGAUGAGGGAGGCUGCCUCUAUGGAGGCCAGCUAACCUCGUGGACAAGUGCAUGCAUGCUGACCCAGAGUCCUGGGUUCAAAUUGGCCCUUUUCUUUAUGACCUGCCUGAGCUGGAGUCCUGGAGUGAGGUUGGAGCUAGAGUACCACCUCUGAUGAUAUUAGGGAAACGGUUGUUGGAGUCCUAGGAGUCUCUUGCAAGACCACUAGGCCUAGCUGUGCUGUUUGACUGGGACUGUUGAGGGCAGGACCCCAACACUUGCUGGGUCCCCUUCUCCUUCUCUACCUUCAGAGGAGAGGACAACUGUUGUCCAUUGUACCUAAAAGCUCCCUAAAAGCCGGGCACGGUGGCUCAUGUAAUCGCAGCACUUUGGGAGGCCGAGGCAGGCAGAUCACCUGAGGUCGGGAGUUCGAGACCAGCCUGACCAACAUGGAGAAACCCCAUCUCUACUAAAAAUACAAAAUUAGCCAGGUGUGGUGGCACAUGCCUGUAAUCCCAGUACUUGGGAGAUUGAGGCAGAAGAAUCACUUGAACCCAGGAGGCAGAGGUUGCAGUGAGCCGAGAUUGUGCCAUUGUGCUCCAGCCUGGGCAAUAGGGGUGAAACUCCAUCUCAAAACAAAACAAAAGCUCCCCAGACCUGCCAGAUCCACCUGGGACCAAGAAGGCAGACACCCACCUGCCCACCUCACAGGCCAGACAGUCCCAGGAAACCCACUGGGGCCACCAGUCACCCAGAGCAAGCCCAGUGGAGGGUGGGGCCCAAAAAGAGGACACUUACCCCUCAGGUGUCCUUAUGAUGUCACAACCUGGGAUUCCGUCUUCCCAUCCUCCUUCCCAGUAGACCCAGCACAAGUUUAUCAGCUCAGGAUGCAGCUCUUUGAUACUGGAAAUAUUCUUGGACUGGUUGGCUACACCUGCCUGCCUCUCACCUGACGCCUAGUCCCCAGCUGCUGCUGCCUCCCUACCCUGUCACAGCUCUGCCGACAGCGCCUAGUCCCCAGCUGCUGCUGCCUCCCUACCCUGUCACAGCUCUGCUGACAGUGCCUAGUUCCCAGCUACUGCUGCCUCCCUACCCUGUCACAGCUCUGCCGACAGCGCCUAGUCCCCAGCUACUGCUGCCUCCCCACCCUGUCACAGCUCUGCCAACAGGCCCGGAUUCCCGCAGACGCAGCCAUUUUCCAUCAGCAAACACUUGCACUGCACAGGGCACUGAGCUGGGCUCAGUGGAGAGACAUCUUUACCCUCAAGUUGCUGACCCUUUUAUGGAAGAGGAGACUGGUAGUUGGAAUUCUACUACGUGAGGCCAGGCAUGGUGGCUCACGCCUGUAAUCCCAGCACCUUGAGAGGCCAAGGCAGGCGGAUCACUUGAGGUCAGGAGUUUGAGACCACGCUGGCUAACAUGGUGAAACCUGGUCUAUAUUUAAAAAAUACAGGGCGCAGGGCGGAAGCAGAGGGGCGCAGGGCGGAAGCAGAGACGUUGGUGGCGUGAGGCUCAGGAGUAUACAUCAGAGGAAGCCAAAAGCCAGCUGGAAUAGUUCCUGAACACAGUUUUAAUCUUGUUUGCAAUUAUUUCAAAGGGGAGAAAUCAUCUGGAUCAGAAUUAAGAUGCUCUGGUUUCAAGGAAAUAGCAUGCAACUUGCCAGAUCCACCUUUGGACUCUUCCUGAGAAAUUGCUCUGCCUCUAAGACAACUCUGCCUGUGCUGACCUUAUUCACAAAGGACCCAUGCCCCCUUUGUGAUGAAGCCAAGGAAGUACUCAAGCCAUAUAAAAACAGGGUAAUAUAAUACAGUGUGGCUUUUAUGUAUGUGGAAUGAAUAUAGAUGUGGUAUAAAGUAUCUGCCUGGAUCCUUUCUUUAGGAAAAGAGAUUAAAUGAUUUUUCAUUAAAAAAAAAAA